CCACUCUUCCUAUUUGGAUUGCAUCACAGUGUUCUACGCACACACAAACAAUGCGAACAAAUUAUUUAUGAGGUGUACGAAGAGGAUAUUUAUAUUGAAGUGACGUGUUAUAAAUGUCUUAAUCUCUCGAACUGUUCAAGAUCCUCGAAUGUGCACACAAUUGAAUCGAGACCAUCACUGGCACAUCGACAUUCAGCGGCUGUUCUCGGUGAUAAUACACGGCGGAUUGGCAGUUUACGUGACUUGGAUAAUUGGUUACAAAAUAAAAUGCAAAUAUCAAUUGCAUCUUCGGAUGAGAAAAAUAUUUACUAUUGA